AUGAAGGUGUUUGUAUCGUCCCAGAACGUGCCCAUCGGCUACACCACCCCAAAAUUCCCGUCGCUAUACUGGCCAGUGGGGCGUGACAACUCCCACUACCAAGUAUCGUUCCUCUACUACCGCAUCGAUAUCUGGAAGUUCACGGUGUUCUGGGGGCUUAUCCUUUCUGGAGGGCUCUACUGCCUGGCAGGAGUGGUCGCUCUGGCAGCCCUGUUGUUUAAUAAAUCACGCCAGCGGCUGAAAGUGCUGGUAUGGAUGCUAUUGGAGGCGUUAUUGGUGGUACUGCUCUAUGCGUUUGUUGGUCUUUUCAAAGGGUUUGUCCUGGGAGCAAUCAUUGGCCUUAUCGUCGGUGCCAUUUAUCGUGCCGGUGAGUUGAGUAUGAGCACGUGGAUCCCCUUCUGCUGGUCAGUGGCGAUUAUUCUAUUUGACGUGUGUUCCUCGUACUCUACCUCCGCCAUCAUCUUAUGA